AUGCCGGUUCUCAAGAUAGAUUGUUGCAAGAGAGGGUGCAUGAUCUACUGGAGGGAAGACGAGAACCGAACUGAAUGCAAAGUUUGUGGUCAAGCCAGAUUUAAGGGUAAUGGCACAAGUCCACUUAAACGGAUGUACUAUUUCCCUUUAGGCCCAAGGUUGAGGCGUUUGUAUGCAUCCGAAAUUACCGCUCAAUCCAUGCGAUGGCAUGCAGAGCACAUCCAGACUCCAGGAGAGAUGUCUCAUCCGGCAGAUUCUGUAGCCUGGAAAACCUUCGACAAGAUACAUCCUUUCUUUGCUUCUAAAUCAAGAAAUGUCAGUUAUAUAAUUGUAGAAAUGAGAGGGUCAUCAUUGGGACGCUCAACUACAUACUCCGAUGACUCACGGCCACUUGGUUCUUUAGAGUUGGUGGACGAGAAUAGUGACGAGGAGUAUUCAACCGCUGCUAACGUUGAAGUAGAAGGUAGAGAUGCAGCCACUAAAAAUGCUAAAAAGUCAAAAAAAGAUGGAUAUAAGAGGGACGCAAGAGGCCGGAUAUAUGUACAACUUAGGGAUGGAACAUUGCGUCCGACUGGUGUAGUAGCCAACAUAUGCAAUAAGGCUUUCAAGCACAUAGUUGAUCCGGGAGGAUACAGCCAGGCAAAGCUUUCGGAGGAAUAUAUUAACCAUUAUUGGAAAGAAUUUGAGAAAGAUGCCAACUGCGAAGCUUAUGAUCAAGUGGAAUGCAAGAAAGCUUUUCACAGUCAGUGCAAAGCUAGGUACGGUGAUUACAUUGGUUAUAAAAGAAAGACAAUGAAGAAACCGGCCUAUUUCACGGAUGCCCAGUGGACGACAUACACCGAUGCCUGGCAGCUUCCUGAGAAUAUUAAGGUUUCUGAGAGGUGCUCGAGAAAUCGUAGACAAGGGCGUGCGAAGGCCUUUGGAACACAUUGUAAUGGUUGUAUUCCAUUUGAAGAGACAGUUGAAAUAAUGACAGAGGAAAAUGACGGGAUAAUGCCUCCAUUUGUAGAUAUCUUUGGUAGGACUCACACAUUCAAAACAAAAGAUUCACAAGGCCUGGUUUCUGAACGCGCAACACAGAUUCGUGAUGAUGUUAGGACAAGGGCAGAAGAAUUAAGAGCCGAAGGGGUUGAGAAUCCGGAUUUAGAUGCCAUUUUCUUGGAGCGUCAUGGGAAGGUGAAGAAGAGAAAGCAGAUUCCUGGGGCAGGAAGUGCAACAAAAUUAUACUUCCCAUCAGCUACAUCAGCAUAUGCAUCUGUACGCUCGACCGACAUCGAUCCUAGCAAGAUGGACGAGCUGAUCGAGCAACGACUUGAAGAACGACUUAAAGAAGAGCGGGAGAAAAUGCAUGCCGAGAUGAAUGAGAGAGAGAGAAAAAUUAAGGAAGCGAAUGAUAUGAAUAUGGAAAUGAUGAAGGAGCAGAUGAAAGAACAGAUGAAAGAAGAGAUGAGGAGCUUGUUCAGUGAAAAAUUUGGUUAAAUAUAGAUUUAGACUUGCAUUUUGAAUUGAUCAACUUUGAGAAUUUUGGUGAAAUAUAGAUUUAGACUUGCAUUUUGAAUUGAUCAACUUUGUGAAACAAUUGAAUUCUUGUAAUCCAUUGGGCUUUUCAAUUAGUUUAUUUUAUUUCUA